CCUAAAAAGUGCGAUCAACGAAGCUAAAGUAACGGCACAGUUUAUUAGAUGCGAAGGAGAGAAACCACGAAAUAUUUGUGACAAGCGGCAUUCGAACUGGGAAAAUACUUAAAAUGCCGAGAAUUGCUGCAUUAUCAAAUCGGUUGUUGUCGCUGAUGCUGUUGGUGUACGUGGUCAUAAGGCUGCUGGACGGUGCACACGCAGCUCCAACCGCAGCCACCGGCACAAAGUCAUCAUCAGCCUUACUAAAUCCCAACGCCGAAAGCACAAGAAUUCACAUAAGUAGCGCCGCCGACAGCAGCAACAAAGCAAAAUUGAAUUUGAAAUGGACGUCACGCAGCGCCUGGCAGGCGGCGCCACCGCUACACACACCAACGCACACAACUCUGCCGGGUGGCGUAUCCUAUGUGAUCAUUCAUCACACUGCCACGCCAGCAAGCGCUUGUCGCAGCAACCUCAACGCCUGUGCAGCCACCGUACGCGCCAUACAGCGCAACCAUCAGCAGCAGCGCGGUUGGGAUGAUGUCGGUUACAAUUUCCUAAUCGGUGGCAGCGACGAACGCGCCGAGAUUUAUGAAGGGCGCGGCUUCGAUGUGGUGGGCGCACAUGCUGUCGGCUAUAAUUCGCGCAGCGUGGGUAUCGCGCUAAUCGGUGACUGGACAGACGACCUACCGCCACUCCCUGUGCUGGAUAAAUUGCAGCAGCUCAUAACUUACGGCACACAAAUGGGCCACAUACAACGCGACUACGUGCUGCUCGGCCAUCGCCAAGUGAAGUCGACAGACUGCCCAGGCAACCGGCUGUACAAUGCGCUCAAGGAAUGGCCGCACUACGAGCAACACGCCGUGUAAGGAUAUACCAUACGAAUGUGGUAGCAAAUAAUGCAUAAGAAGACUGACGAAGAUACGGACCUGCAGCGGCGGUAAUACGCGGAAGUGAAAUUAUUGGCAGAAAACUGCGUAUUGCAGAGAAGGACACUGAAUUUACAUGCUUUAAUUUAAUUGGUAUUUAUUCUUUUACAAGUUGCUUAUUGUGUGGGUAAUGUAAUGCCUUAAGUUUUAACAGUAUUUGUGCAGAAGAUUUGUAAAUUCAAAGAAUUCCGAAAAUAAAAUAAUUUAUCUUAAAAAGA